AGUAAAGAAAAAAAAAAAGAAAUAUCAGAAUUCUCAAGAGUCCUCUACUAAUAAGUAGUCUUUUCAAGAAAUUUGUGGAGAAGAAGAUUCUGUGAUAUGAAAUAAUAAUGACUUCGAUUUGUUUUGUUGUGAAAGGAGAGAGAAAAAAAGGAGAAAAGAUCAGAAAGAAGAUGAUGAGUGUAUGUAAAGAAGAAGAUUAAACAAUCAAAGACCAUACAAUGCCUUCUCCAGGUAAGUUGCGAGGUCAAUGAAACAAUUAACAAAAAGAAGAAACCUUUAUUUGUUUCCAGGAAAAUAAGAAAAAGCUAGAGAAGAAAGAAAACUUUUAGGCCUCGGAAAAGAGAGCUGAAACAAAAGUUGAUUUCAGAAAGCAAAAGCCUUUGUUUCUCCCUCUUAACUCAUCUCCCUUUCUUCCUCUAUUAGUAAAAGCUGAGACAGCACUAUCCACCAAAUAAAAGAAAGAAAGAAAUCUCUAAUCCCUUCACAUGAUAAAACAAAAGAUUCUUCAGUUUUGUUUUUCUUUUUCAGUAGUCACAUAGUAAUUGGUACACUUCUUCCAAUACCACCAUCGUUAAGAAAACUAAUAAUAAAAAAAGACUAAUUGUUAUUAAUCGCAUCCGAUGGUAGAUUACGAGAAAAACAACAACCAUCGGAACUUUCCCUCUUCAUCUUCCUCUGAUCUUCUUCUUGCCAUCAAUGGAGCCGCCGCGACCAAUAAGAGAAAACGUAGACCCGCAGGGACACCAGAUCCAGAUGCAGAGGUUGUGUCUUUAUCACCAAGAACGUUGCUAGAGUCAGAUCGGUACGUGUGUGAGAUCUGCAACCAAGGGUUUCAGAGAGAUCAGAAUCUCCAGAUGCAUAGAAGAAGGCAUAAAGUGCCAUGGAAGCUUCUUAAGAGAGAGAAGAAAGAUGAGGAGGUGAGGAAGAGAGUCUACGUGUGUCCUGAGCCUACUUGUCUCCACCACAACCCGUGCCAUGCCCUCGGAGAUCUGGUCGGAAUCAAAAAACACUUCCGUCGGAAACACAGCGUCCACAAGCAAUGGGUUUGCGAGAGAUGCUCCAAAGGCUAUGCCGUUCAAUCUGACUACAAAGCCCAUCUCAAAACCUGCGGCUCACGCGGUCACUCCUGCGACUGUGGCCGCGUUUUCUCCAGGCCACCACCACCCGAUAAACAUUCACUAGCUUUUGCUUACCCUUUCAAUGCUUCAUCAGCUCCUUUCGAAAGCCUCGAGCUUCAACUAUCCAUUGGAAUGGCAAGGACAUCAGCACAAGAAACGGGGAACGAAAAGGGAGAGACGAGUUUAAGAAAGGAGGGAGCUAAUGAGGAAGCGAGAAAGGCGGAUCAAAUGAGACAAGAAGCGAAGAGGCAGAUAGAGAUGGCGGAAAGUGAUUUUGAGAAGGCUAAGAGGAUAAGGAAAGAAGCGAAAGCCGAGCUGGAGAAGGCUCAGGUUGUUAGAGAAGAAGCAAUCAAGAGGAUUAAUGCAACAAUGUUGGAGAUCACUUGCCAUUCUUGCAAGCAACUGUUCCAGCUCCCCGUUAUGGCUGAUGAGAGUACGUCGUCUCUUGUAAUGAGUUAUGUUUCCUCUGCGACAACGGAAGGGGAAUGCGAGUAA